UUACUCAAAUCCCAUGGCACCCAACCGUUCAAGGCCAGCAGUGCAUUUGAAAUGAGCCUGUGUGUAAUUCCUGGCUGGAGUGUAGCUACACAAUUAUCUUUUUGUUCCUUGAUGGCCGAGCUAGGGAGUUCUGUAGUGUUGCAAGAAAUCAAAAACAAGGGCACAUAACUGUGGAUGUGGAAGGAGCUUAGCUCAUGCUGCUAGGAAGUCAUUUACUUGCUGACUAGGGGACUUGAAGGCGGUCUGUUCGCUGGAGAACAAUCAGUGUGUUCUUAAGGGGAGAGCCAGAGGAUAGUUCCUGGUAGCUGUUCUCUCUGAGCAGUCUUGGUGGAGUCUCUCCUCAUUCACUUCUCAUUAUGGAGCCCAGCAGUCCCAAGAAGAUUCAGUUCGCUGUGCCUUUGUUUCAAAGCCAGCUGGACCCACAAGCAGCCGAACAGAUCAGAAGAAGACGACCCACGCCAGCAACACUGGUUAUUUUCAAUGAUCAGACACCACCAGAAGCAGAUGAACAGAGGACAACAAACUCGCAGGGACAAGCAGAGAGUGCUGAGAUGUCUCCCAAGCAAAGAAAGCAGAGUGUGUACAACCCACCCACUAUGAAAGGCAGUGAACAGACAGACCCCCUAAAAUGUAGUGAUGGUGAGAGUCCCCUGCUGCACUCUGGAAACACACAGCCACUCUUAGAGAAAGGGUCAGAUGAGAAGUCUGUGAAACCAAGGAGGAAAGACACCCCGUUUCAGCACCAUCCUCCCUUUGUACCAGGGGUGAAGCUUAUGAAAUCACAGAAAGAAACAGCGUUCCCCGAGGAAGAAGAAGGAAUCAAUGAAAGACAGGAAGACUGGACCCCGUAGAUGGCAAUGUGUGUCUUAAUGGGAGUGUUUCCACUUUCUGUUGUUCACUCAGUUAAAUGAACUGAAAACCUUUUUCACAUCGCGCAGGACUGAUGAAACAGAUCAUUUCCUACAGCAGAGCUCUAGAAAACAGGCUUUUAGUCUGACUCAUUUUAAUCGAAAGCUUUAAAGAUCCAUUAACCUUUUCCUCUGCAAAAUCACUAAUAUAGUUCUGGAUCUGAUCAUGCAUAUAAAUAUUAUGUGUUAACUUUCUGAUCUUAACCACAGUAAUUCAGUUUUUAACCUUUUCUAACAAUAACCCAACCUAGCAUAGCAGCCCAUUCCUUUUGCGUUUACAUUAUCAUUGGUAUUCAUUUUGACAUCUGAAAAUGAAUUAGUAACUGUUUAAAGCCAGGUUGUUUUUGACCUGUCAUCUACAGCCCAUCUUAAGCAUAUAAUUACCAUCAUCUACAGUACCUUUCAGUCGCUCUGUGUAAUAGUAUUGUCAAAAUAGUAGAAAAUUAAGAUACAGUAUAGUUUUAGAAAAAAAAAAAACUCUGCUGAUUUAUUAUUUACAGACACAUGGAAUGUAUUAUUUAAUUUUAUAUUUAAAUAUUAUUUAAUUAUUUAGUAUAAAGAUAAUUUUAGUCCUUUGUGCCAUAUUUUAAAGGCAAAUGUUUCUGAUUUCGAUGUUGAAAAAAUUGUGUAAAUGUCUUACUUUAUAUUCACACAGUGCUUGUUGGUGCAUAUACAUCCAACUAUGUUUUUCUGAUCAUUCCAUUAGUAAAAAAGGUUUUUAAAGCGUAAGACAGAUAACCCAUACUAAUGAUAAAAAUCCUCUUAAUUAAAAAUUCAGAAUUGCUUGUUUUCCUUUAUCACUGAACAACUUUCCAUUAGAGUCUGCUGAGAGAAGAGCGCUAAAAAGGUUCUGGUAGUUAUGAUGAAGCUUGGAUGACUGUUGGCUUAUAACCUUUUACAACCUCACUGUAAAGUGCUGAAGCGUGGAGUAUUUAUAUAUAUAGAGUAAGAGUUUAUUCACAUAAAACAACGUGAUGGAACACCAUAUUUAUGUUUUAAAUAUGGUUCUUUCACACCAGAGGCCUGGUGACGCAGCAAAAUGGGAGAUAAGAAAAAAUACCUUGUUGUGUAAUGAUUUCCAUUACAUGAGAGUAGAUGUUAAAACGUCAUGCUGAUUUGAACUCGUCGGCUCUCACCAAGAUAAGCACCAACUAAGACGUAGCUUUACAGUAAACUAAUAUGAUCCAUCUGCGUCUCCAUCCAUCUGUGUUUCCUUCCAUCUGAUAAUGUAGAUAUCCUUCUGCCUGGUGUUGAUGGCUUAAGUGUAAUGCUGGCUCCAGGGAUCAGCUUAUUUUGCCUCCCCAGCGCCUCAGCAGACACAACGGCUGCGAUGCUGGCUCCGGGGAUCAACCACAGUGCAGUCUCCCCAGUGCAUCAGCAUGACAACCGUCUGGAUUGAGCUAAGUAGGGUACAUCUCUGGGGUCUUCAAGUGGGCACCUUCCAUAAUAGCCAGAGAAAAUCUGAUUCUGUCAAUGCAAGCAUGACAUGAAUUACAUUCAUUACAUGUAAUCGGGAACAAGAUGAAAAAAGAGUUGGGAUAUACAAAUGUAAAAGAAACAGAAAACUGUGUAUAAUGUUCAUAGAACUGAAUUAUGUGCAACGCAAACACAAAUGUUGUUAUUCAUUAUGAUCAUGUUAAUGCAUCUUAUUUAAACCAAAGAAUAGAUCAAAGCAAAAGGUACAUAAUCUCCUUCCAAACGGCAUCUUCACAUAAACAACAGCUUUUACAUUACUUCUGUUGUGAGGAUGUUAUGCAGCUCAGUCUGGAUUCUUACAGUGAAUGGGCAUUGAACCUCUCCAGACCAGCUGAUUGCAACUGGGGUUUCUCCAGUGGUAGUUUAAUAAAUAGAUUUACUUCCAGAUUAUAGAUACAUGAAUAUGUUGCAUUUUCAGUUACUAAUCUAUAUGGCAUUUCACAUGAGGUCACUGUAACUUCAACUUAAUGUCUUCAUUAAAUCGCAUGAGGUAGUUCCUGCUCUAUUCAGGAUUUCAGUGCUAUGGGAUUACUAAUCUGCUUUAUCACCUACUCAAAUAAGCACAAACAUAUGCUAUGAAUCUACAGGUCUAUUGUAAAUAGUAUGUUUUUCUUAAUAUGUUUUAAAGCAACAAAUCCAUAAUAAACUGAUUCAUUAUAUUAUGAAUAAGUGCCUUUUCAAACAACAAGCCUCUCUGUGUGUUCUACUUAACAGAGUUGUUUGUUUUUAUUCAUGUGAUAGCAUUGUGGUGUCAUUAAGUAUUUUAAAAUGUCUGAUAUUUCAGACAAACACCCUCAUUCACUAAUGUUUGAUCUUUUGAUGCUGUGGAACAUGUGGCCUGCACUCUCACACACCACCGUUUGACUUUCUGUAUGCUUUCAGAUUUGGAGUACAAUUAAAAUGCUUCAACAUCA